AUGUCGCACCCGAAUCCAUGCGAAGAUCGAGACCCAGGAGAGCGUUAUGAUUUCAUACAUGCGGCAGGCUUCUUCCACUUGUGGAGUUGGGAAAAGCAGAUCCAGGCGUAUACCAAAGCGGUGCUCAUGCUCAAGGGGAGACCAGGCUGUAUCCUGUUUGGCCGAAAUACUAGCGUAGAGAAGGCGAGGCUGCUUGAUCAGGGUCCAUUCGCUUCCCCAGACGGCGAUCAUACCUGGUUGCAUGAUGCCAACAUCAUGAGACGCAUGCUGAAGCUGGUCGAAGAGGACACCGGGAGGAAGCUCGAGGUUGUUGUCGACGAGACGCCCCUCACUGAUGAGUACAUCUUGGGUCUGAAAGUUGUGUCCGAGCUGGGAUGGACGAAGCGUUUGUCGUUCACGAUUCGAACUAUGUGA